AUGGUGCGCGACGUGCGCUCGGCCGUCGACCUUGUCCCACUGCCUCACCGCCGGCGGCCGCACGACUGCGCAGUUGGCGUAUGCAGCACUCUCGGCGGUCUAAACCAGCACUCGAGAGGCUGGCGCACACUAGCCGUAUUCCGUGCUACUCCCUCGGCGGGAACGUCGCGCUGCAUGCGGCCGCCCUCGACCCUCGCGUGUCCGCCGUGGCUGCCUUCGCUGCCUUCACUCCCAUGCGCACCGACCUUGCGCACCGACCUUGUCGGCCGCCCGACCGGAGGGUUGCGCCGCCUCUUCGAGACGCACGCGCUGCUGCCGCGGCUCGGCUUCUUUGAGCGCGAGCCGCAUCGCGUGCCGUAUGACUUCGACGAGCUGCUCCGCGCCAUCGCGCCGCGGCCCGCGCUGCUGCACACGCCGACGCGCGACCGCGACGCCAACGCGAGCGAGGUGGACGCCCUCAUCGACCGCGUCCGGUGGGCGCGCCUCGUGCAGCACGCCCCGCCCACAGCCACGCGCAUGGGGUCGGCCGAGGUGAAGGUACUUGUACGGUGGCUGGAGGAGGAGGUGGCUGGGGUGACGCCACGAGUCCGCGACGUAAGGUAAGGUUAAGGAAAAAAACUCG